AUGCCCUACCUCGUCCUAAUUCCCCACGCAAAAUCCCCCGAACAACCCUACGUCAUUGAGAAUAAAGCCGCCGCCUCCUACCUCCAAUUCUUCAGUGCCUGGGGUUGGCCUAUUUGCAGUGUCCGACUUAACAAUACCGACCCGGAACUUCUGGCUGCGAUGGCGAAGGACAAGGAGCUUAAGCGGCAGGAAUGGCGGGAUCUUUGGAAAGAGGAGGUUGUUCGACGGUGGGAAGAAUUACGCAAGGAGACGAAGGAGAGGAGGAAGAGGGAGAAGGAAAAUGGGGAGAGGGUGUGCGAUAGAGUGUUGGAGAUGCAAAGGGCGUGGGCGAAGUAUUUAGAGCGGGGGAAUAACGGAUUUAAUGGGAUGGGUGCUAGUGCAGUUGAUAGUGAAAGAGAUAAGAAGCAGAAACAAUGCUCAGUUUUCAUGGAAGGAGAAGAUAUUUUCAUAGACUGGCUCAAUUUGACAUUGGGAGGUAUCUAA